AUGCCCGGAUUCAAGAAACAAAAGACCGUGAAGCCGGAGUCACGCAAAGCCAAGGAACUAGAGUCCUCCAGCCCCGAAGACUCUGGUUCUGAAGCAGAAGAGACCCCCGAUAACCCUCAAGCGCAAGAUGAGACCGCCGAAGCUGAAGACAAGAAGCCGCUCCCCAAGUCGUUCAAAGAGCUAGGAGUGAUUCCGCAAUUAUGCGAAGCUUGUGACAACUUGGGAUUCAAGGCUCCCACCGCGAUUCAGGCCGAAGCUAUUCCAUUGGCUUUGCAGGGCCGUGAUUUGAUCGGCUUGGCAGAGACGGGAAGUGGAAAGACAGCAGCUUUUGCUCUUCCGAUUCUACAAACCCUGAUGGAGAAGCCCCAAUCCUUCUUCGGUCUCAUCCUCGCCCCAACCCGUGAAUUAGCAUACCAGAUCUCUCAAUCCUUUGAAACUCUUGGCUCGACCAUCUCAGUUCGAUGCGCAACAAUUGUCGGAGGUAUGGAUAUGGUAUCGCAAUCGAUCGCGCUUGGAAAGAAGCCACAUAUCGUCGUUGCGACUCCCGGUCGUUUGCUGGACCAUCUGGAGAACACCAAGGGUUUUUCGCUUCGCGGCCUGAAGUAUCUCGUCAUGGACGAAGCAGACAGACUGCUUGACAUGGACUUCGGUCCCCUCCUGGAUAAGAUCCUCAAAGUACUCCCCAGAGAACGCCACACAUAUCUCUUCUCUGCGACACUCAGUUCCAAGGUGGAAUCGUUGCAGCGUGCCUCCCUCUCCAACCCGCUUAAGGUGUCUAUCUCGUCAAGCAAAUAUCAGACCGUUUCAACUCUUAUGCAAUCGUACCUCUUCGUCCCCCACAAGUUCAAGGACCUCUACCUGGUUUACCUGCUGAACGAAUUUGCCGGCCAAUCCGCCAUCAUCUUCACCCGCACCGUCCACGAGACACAACGCAUGUCUGUCCUGCUCAGAACCCUGGGAUUCGGCGCUAUCCCUCUCCACGGCCAGCUUUCCCAGUCAUCCCGUUUAGGUGCCCUGGGCAAGUUCCGUUCCCGCAGCCGUGACAUCUUGGUCGCUACAGAUGUUGCAGCCCGUGGCCUGGAUAUUCCGUCCGUCGACGUUGUUCUGAACUUUGACCUCCCCAGUGACAGCAAGACAUAUGUUCACCGUGUCGGACGUACCGCGCGUGCCGGAAAGAGUGGUGUGGCAAUUAGUUUCUUGACGCAGUAUGAUAUUGAGGUUUGGCAGCGAAUUGAGAGAGCCCUGGGAAAGCAACUUGAUGAGUAUGCUAUCAAGAAGGACGAGGUGAUGGUGUUCGCUGAGCGUGUUUCGGAGGCUCAGCGGCAAGCAAUCAUGGAGAUGAAGGCCUACGAUGAAAAGAAGGGAACCAAAGGAAAGAAGGGUAGGGGGAAACGGUCUCGUGAUGAGAUGGACGAAGAGGAGGGUUAA